AUGCUCGCCGAGCCCGCAUCGCAUUCGCCGAUGGAACAAUCACAAAGUAACUCACAGCCACAAGAUAAUGCUGCUCAAAAUUCUCAAACUGGUUCAUCUAGAGGUAAAUCUGAUCCAGCUUGGCAGUAUUUCACAGUGAGUGAAAGAGAAGCGGAAGAAGAGGGUGAAGCACCUAAUCCUGUACAACCUCCGGCUCCUGCAACAAUGGGAGACAAAGGAAAGAGAAGAGCGAUUGCUGCUACUCCAAUUGGAAGUUAUUUUAAGGAAAGGACUACGCCAGGCUCUCAACCAGCUUUGAAAAGUGUCUUGGCCAGUGAACAAGUUAAACACAAGGUUAAGUUGGGGCUUGCAAGAUGGAUCAUUGAUGCACGGAUUCCAUUCAAUGCAAUUCAAUCGCCUUACUUUCAACCUGCCUUGGACGGCGUUGCUGCAAUUGGACCUGGUUUCAAGGGACCGUCGUAUGACGAAAUGAGAGUUCAUUUGCUGGCCGAUCUUAAGAAGGAGUGUCAGUUACUUGUUGAAGGUUAUAGGAGCUCGUGGAAAAGGACUGGUUGUACACUGAUGGCAGAUGGCUGGACUGAUCAAAGGCAGCGUACGUUAAUUAAUUUUCUAGUUUAUUGUCCUGCUGGUAUGUCAUUUGUUAAGUCUGUUGAUGCUUCUGAUAUGAUAAAAACUGCCGAUACCUUGUUUAAAUUGUUUGCUGAGGUUAUUGAGUGGGUUGGGUCUAGUAACAUUGUGCAUGUGGCUAGUGAUAAUGCUGCGAAUUAUGUAUCUGCUGGAAAACUCAUUCAUGAAAAGUAUCCAAACAUUUUUUGGUCUCCUUGUGCUGCUCAUUGCAUCAAUCUUAUCUUAAAAGACAUAGCAAGUCUUCCUCACAUAGCUGACCUUGCCUCUCGUGCUUCGAAAGUGACUGUCUUUGUUUACAAUCAUAUGAUUUUCUUGUCAUGGCUUAGAAAAAGAAAAGAGUGGAAAGAAAUUGUUCGACCAGGUGUAACACGUUUUGCUACUGUUUUCAUUACUUUGAAAAGUAUAUAUGAUCAUAAACAAGACUUGCAAGCAUUGGUGAUUAACAAAUAUUUCACUUCUCAUAAAUUAUCCAAGAGUGUCAAUGGGAAGAUGGUUAGUUCAAUUAUCUUGGAUAGUAAGUUUUGGGAGGAUUGUUUUACUACUGUUAUGCUUGUUGGUCCUCUAAUUAAGUUAUUGAGGCUUGUUGAUGCUGAUGAAAAACCUUCUCUGGGUAUUGUGUAUGUGGGCAUGCAAAGAGCCAAAAUUAAUAUCAAGACAAUGUUUAGAAAUAGGAAAUCUGCAUACACACCUUAUACAAGUAUCUUGAAAAUGCGGUGGGAUAAGCAUUUGAAGCGUGACCUCCAUGUAGCAGCAUACUUUUUGAAUCCAGAUUACUUCUAUAGUGAGGGGUUUGUUGAGAAGCAAAUAUCUUGA